AUGGAUUCUAACUCAUUUAUAACUAAGGGUGAAGGAGAUCAACCACUGCCGUAUAAUUCUACAGUUGAUGAAUCAAUACUAAAUGAAGUCUCCUCCGAGAAUAAUGAAUUGACACCAAAAUUAUCUAGGGAGUUGAACGACAGCGAUGAUUCUCCAAAGAGAAAGAAGAAGAAAAGGUCACUUUUGGAUGAUGAUUUCUUUUCAUUAGCAGGAUCAUUUGAGAAGAGAAAGAAGAAACACAAGCACAAGCACAAACAAAAGGAAAAAGAAAAGGGAAUCGAUGUGCAAGAUCAAGUGAUUGAAAAUGAUGGGUUGAUAGAAGUUCCGAUACCACAACUGACAAAAGUGUCUACUGAUAAAGAGAUUUCCAGUGAAUUGGCUUCUUCUCAGUCAGAUAUACCGAGAAAGAAUAUAAAUACAGUUCAACCAGAGAUUUCUCUACUGCGAUCAGUAUCUAUUACUCCACCGUUGGUCGAUAGGAACAAAAUAAGGAAGGAGGUAAUGAGUAGACUAAAUAAGGAACAUAUGCGUAGCAAAAUUCCUGAUAUGGAAGACUCCGAGGAAGAAAGCGAUCACGAAUUAGAAGAGUUGUUGAAAUUGAAAUCACAAAUGCCAAAGUCGCAAACUGAGUUAUCACCAGAGACUUAUACAUUUGAUGAUGAAAGUGAAAAGAAAAGAAAAUAUAUUGUAAGAGUAACGUCCAAGUUACCUGCGGUUCAUAAUCAAACUUUGGAAGUGGACUUUGGAACGAAAGGAUUGAAAACAUUUGAAAAGAUACUAAAGGCUGCAGUUGAUUAUUUCAAAUCAGCGUUGAUGUCUGUAUUGACGCCGCCUCAGCUAUCGAGAUAUAGACCAGAAGCCGCCAGUUUGGUUUGGGUUGAAGGUAGGAAAUUAGUCCAUCCAUUUUUCACACCGAAAACUUUACGUGUACCACCACCAGCAGAGUUCAAUCCACUUUUUGAAAAAAUCGAAAACAUGAAACCUACCAUUAUUAAAUUUUUCUUGAUCCCAAAAGAAUACGAUACUACCUUUAUGCAUAUAUACCCAGAGCUUCAAGCUAAUCGACCUAUUGAAGAUGCAAUUGAGCCAAUCGAAAUUUCUGAAAACGAGUUUAAUAGCAAUGAAUCUGAUGCCAAUGAAGAGGAAGAGGAAGAGGAAGUUGUUGCUCAGGAGAAACAGCCUACAUCAAAAGCACCUUCAUCCGAGGAACCUGUUGGUCCUAACUUAUUUGUUAUCGGACUUAAAGGUAAAGAUAACAAGCGUGUUGAGGUUAAAGUCUCUCCUGAAACACAAUUAAGGAAGUUGCUUUCAUAUUAUUUGAGGCAUAAAGGGUUGAGUGAAGACACUGUUGAUUUGUCUAAAGCUAAGCUUAUAUUUGAUGAUGAAGAAAUGGAUUUGAAUGAUACGGUGGGUGACACAGAGUUGGAGGAAGAUUACGAAAUACAAGUUGUCAUUUGA